AUGGGGGUCUCAGCGGAUGCCUCCUAUGUGCUCAGCGGCGGGAUGGGUGCCUUGGGUUUGGUCACUGCACAAGCGUUGGCGGAAGAGGGUGCCAAGAGCUUGCUGCUGAUGUCCAGGAGUGGGCGUCCUGGUGCGGAAGUGCAGAACCAGUGGAGAUGGCUGCAGGAGUCGGCGCUGCAGGUCACAGCCUGGGCCUGCGACGUGAGCAGCGCCACGAAGGCCGAGCUGCAGAAACGGCUCUUGGCGCCCAGCGCCACAGAUGGCCCACGCAAGAAGUGCCCCGUCAGGGGCAUCUUGCAUUUGGCGGGUGUCUUGGAUGAUGCCAUGCUUCCACAGCUGACUCGUCAGCAUCUGGAGCGGGCCUAUGCUGCAAAGGUGGUUGGUGCUAAGAACCUUCAUGCGGCAGCGAAUCUGGAUUCGCUGGACUUCUUUCUGCUCUACUCCUCAACUGCCGCUCUCCUCGGUGCAGCAGGCCGGGAUGAUCGAUGA